CCGCGCGAGCCGCGUUCGAAAUGCGCUCCAGGUCUUGGUUCGAAGACUGUGGAGGAAGCUGAUGUUCCCAUCCUUCCGCGGACAGCCAGGAAAGCCGAUCAUGACUUCCAUUGAUUGGAAUCUAGAGUUUUCGCCGGAGAAGGGGAGCCAAACCGAGAAAAAAAAUUCUGCUCUCGGUCUCGUCGCAGCUGCGACUACAGGAGGUCUCGCUGUGGGACUGAUGGCCAUCUGCGGACCCUUCGUUCUCCCGGGAUUCAGAAGAAUAUGUCUACCCUACGUCCCAGCGACUGACAAUCAAGUUUCCAAUGUUCUCCGGAUCCUCAAAGGACGCUCCUGUAAGAGCAUUGUGGAUCUGGGUUCGGGGGACGGACGGAUCGUCUACGCACUUGCCGAGAACAGGAAAACCCUCGGCGGAACCGAAUUCGUAGGAGUUGAGUUGAACACCUGGCUCGUCCUCUAUUCAAAACUCGUCGCUCUCAGGCGCUUCGGAAGGGAAGCGAAUGUACGGUUCCUUCGUAAAGACAUCUGGAAGUACGAUCUCGGGAACCACGACACAGUGGUAGUUUUCGGCGUCGAGUGUAUGAUGAAAGAGCUCCAGCUCAAGAGCGAAAAAGAACUCAAGAAAGGCAGCACAGUUGUGGCUUGUAGAUUUCCCUUCGAGACUUGGAUACCCACUAAGGUCGAGGGUGACGGUGUGGAUACGGUAUGGUUGUAUCAGAGAUGA